AUGAACGACAUACCUAUCACCAUCUUCGGCCUUCAUCCAUCCACCACUCCCCCGCCUUCGCCUCCCGGCUCUCCAGAACCUUCCUGGAUGAUUCUCCUCUUUAAGUACCUCCACGUCGUGCCGCCGGACCGCAUAGUAGCCGUUUCGAGCUCCGACAACGUCGUUAUGCUGCCGAGCAGGCACUGCGAGCAGCAGCACCUGCUUGAGUCCUUUCUCUCGUUACAAUCACCUGUGGUCUUCGCGGCUAACGACCGCUGCGCACCGUCACCUUCCUCCUCCCCCUCCGCCUCAUCCGCUUCCUCGUUCUUCUACAAGCCCCAUUCAGCAGACGGCGCGCCGAACAGGUUCCUUAACCUGGGGAUGUUUAUAGGGUACGCAUGGGCCCUGCAGCGAGUGCUGGAGGUAGUGGUUGGGAGCACUCAAGGCCACGGCUCCUCAGGUCAUGCAGCUUCUGCCUCUGCCUCUGCUGCCGCAGCUGCUGCUGUUGCAGGUCCUGCAGGUGCUCAUGUUGAUGCGCAGAGGCAGCUUCUCCUCGCCUUCUUGGCGCAGGAUAACAUCUUCUCCUCUCUCCCCCGACUGCCCAUGGAUUUCCCCUUUGCCAAUGUGACUGGCACCAGCAAGGAGGGGGGUGAUCCUGCGGUUGGGUCGGGAGCAGCGGAUGGUGCAGGGGGCGUGUUGGAAAAUCAGGAUGCAAUGGCGCCGCCUGUCACGUUCGCGUCAACCGCGCUCGACAACCGUUUUCUUCCGAGUUCCUCCGAUCCAUUUUCUUCCUCACCCUCUUCAGCAUCAUCAUCAUCAGCAGCAGGAGCAGCUGUGUGUGCGGCAUUCCCCGCUCACCCUACAGCUCCCUCCUCCUCUCGUCCUUUUAUAUCUCUUGACCACCAGAACCAGCUCUUUCAAGUGAUGGGAGCACGUGGGGCUGCAGCUCCAUGGAGUAAGGAAGUGGAAGUGGUGGCAUCGGGGGAGGAUGUGCGAGUGAAGGCAGAAGGGACGGGAGGGGAGGCGUGUGCGUUUCAGCAGGAGGAUUGGGUGGGUGGAGGAGGGGAGGGGGCGGACAUGGGUGUUGUGAGGCUGACUAAGGAUACACUUUCUGCUCUCACCUUCAGCACAGCAGUGAAGGGCGCAUCUCUCUCAACCAACCGCCUGGCAGCAGCUCCCGCCGUUGUGCCCCGUGGACUAAGUGUUUCCGCCCUCCUCGGGUUCAACAAAACUGCCGUCCCCGCAAAGGCUACCCCGGCUAAGAAACAGCUCCGUACAGAAGAUGGCAUUUUCGGCACAUCCGGUGGAUUCGGCUUCACGAAAGCUAAUGAGCUCUUCGUCGGCCGCGUGGCGAUGCUUGGAUUCGCCGCGUCGCUUCUCGGCGAAGCGGUAACGGGGCAAGGAAUUCUCUCGCAACUCAACCUCGAGACCGGAAUUCCCAUCACGGAAGCUGAGCCGCUGCUCCUCUUCUUCAUCGCAUUCACCGUGCUCGGCGCGAUCGGCGGGCUGGGUGAUCGCGGGCGAUUCGUUGACGACGAGGCGCCUGCGGGUCCGCCGGUGAAGCCGGGGAGUUUCAAGGCCGCGCUUGGGCUGAGCGAGGACGGGCCUCUGUUUGGAUUCACCAAGGCGAACGAGCUGUUUGUGGGGCGCAUGGCGCAAUUAGGGUUUGCGGCGAGCUUGAUUGGUGAGGUGAUCACUGGGAGAGGUGCGUUGGCACAGCUGAAUAUCGAGACUGGGUUGCCGAUUUUCGAGUUGGAGCCGCUGCUGUUGGCGAGCAUCGCGUUCUUCUUCGUCGCGGCUAUCAAUCCCGGUACAGGGAAGUUUAUCAACGAUGAAGAGUAG